GUUUGUUGCUGGUGUUGACUGACGUUAUAUACAUUAGACACUUAUUAUUGAUAUGCAGUUACAGUUAUUUUUACUUUGUUCAUGCGAUUUAUAUUUUCCCAUUUAAGAAAUAUAUAUUUUUAAGAAUAUAAAUUCACUUAUGUCAAGGCUGUUUUGAACAUUUCUGAAAAUGUUUCGACCGCUUUUCUCCAAGCCGGAAGGCAACAUGUGGCAGGAGGACAAGCCUGACAUUGACGCCCAUUCGUCAACACAAUUUGUUUACAAUGCGCAUCAUUCUCUUGCACUCGAUAUGCAACGUCAACGGCUGCCUAUAUUCAAAAACAAAGACCAUAUUAUUUAUUUGUUGGAGAAAUAUCAAACCUUGGUUUUGGUUGGUGAAACAGGCUGUGGUAAAAGCACACAAGUUCCCCAGUAUCUUUUCGAAGCAGGAUGGUGUGCAGAUGGGAAAAAAAUUGGCAUAACGGAACCCAGAAGAGUCGCAGCUACCUCCCUAGCAAAUCGCGUGGCCGACGAACGCAAUUGUAUUCUAGGAACCACUGUAGGUUAUUGCAUACGCUUCGAUGAUUAUACUGAUGAAACGACAAAGAUUAAGUACAUGACCGAGGGUAUUCUUCUAAGAGAAUUAAUGAGCGAUCCGUUAUUAACAAGCUACUCGGUCAUUAUUCUGGACGAAGUGCACGAAAGAACACUCUUGACUGAUAUUAUAAUGGGGUUGCUGAAAAAAAUAAUCAGGAAACGGAAGAGUCUGAGAGUUAUUGUCUCGUCAGCAACGGUUGACGCGGAGGAACUUCGAGAUUUCUUUAACGUAAAUACGACGAAGGACUCGAGUAAAGAUAGCGCCGUUAUCAUGAGCGUCGAGGGGCGGUUGUAUCCAGUGGAUAUUUUUUUUGUGAAAGAGCCAGUCGCGAAUUACGUUAAUGGCGUAGUAGACACCGCUCUAAAAAUACACGAAACGGAAGAGUCGGGUGAUAUUCUGGCAUUUCUCACAGGACUUGACGAGGUUGAUCAAGCCGUCUCUCUUUUAUCGGAACACGCAAAGCUUAUAAAAGAUGAUAAACAGAAGCUGCUUCCGUUACCGAUGUACGGGUCACUUCCGAACGCAGAGCAGCUUAAGGUAUUCUGGAGGGCCGCUAAAGAUACUCGCAAAGUUAUCGUGGCGACCAACAUCGCGGAAACGUCUAUUACUAUUCCAAAUAUCGUUUACGUAAUUGAUUGCGGUUUCGUCAAGAUACCUUGGUUCGAAGCAGAAGCGCAGACGAAUAGCCUAGUUAUCGUGCCCCUAUCGAAAGCUUCCGCCAACCAACGAGCCGGUCGCGCAGGACGCAUGCGGACUGGAAAAGCAUUUAGAUUGUACACAGAAGAAGCUUACGCUGAAUUAUUCGAGGCUACUCCACCAGAAAUGCAACGGUCAGAUUUGGCGCCGGCGAUACUACAAUUGAAGGCUCUUGGCAUCGAUAACGUAUUGCGAUUUAAUUUUCCUUCUGCGCCACCCAGUAAAAAUCUAGUCACAGGAUUAGAAUUGCUUUACGCGUUAGGUGCGAUCGAUAGUAAUGGGGAUUUAACGACACCGUUAGGUCUAACGAUGGCGGAGAUGCCUUUAGAACCGGUACUGGCAAAAUCCUUAAUUGCAUCUGGCGAGAUGGGAUGUUCUGAGGAAAUUACGACAAUAUUCGCCAUGCUGCAAGUUCAGAACGUUUUCGUGCAACCUGGUGGAGGGCAAGCGGCUCUAAAAGCGAGAAUAGCACAUCGCAAAUUCGAAGUGGAAGAAGGAGAUCUUCUUACUUUACUAAACAUCUACAUAGCUUUUGAACAAAAUAAGACACCUGCCUGGUGCCAAAAACAUUUUCUCAAUCACAAAGCUUUGCGGAGAGCUACGGAAAUUCGCGUGCAGAUGCACAAAAUGCUCAAACGCUUAGACAUUCCACUGAUAUCCUGCAAUGGAAAUGUUCAACAGAUUCUCAAAUGUUUAACUGCUGGUCUCUUUCCUAAAGCGGCAUAUCUGCAUUAUACGGGUACGUACAGAACGGUUCGCGGUAAUAAAGAUUUGUAUAUUCAUCCGAAUAGUUGCUUAUAUACUCUGCAGCAGCCGCAAUGGUUACUAUUUUGCGAAAUUCUGCAAACGAAUAAAACUUACAUGAAGGAUUUGACUGUCAUUCAACCAGAGAUGUUAUUGGAGGCAGCACCACAUUUUUAUGAGAGAACGUCUAUUGAGUCUGUUUGAAGUACAAUAUAAAAAUAAAAUUUUUAUAAUUAUAA